AUGGUCAAAAGACAGACAACACAGCAAACGCCCUCAGGGAUGGAUUCUCUCCGAACAAAACACGGAACCAAAAAUUAAAAGAAAUUAGAAGACAUAAUUAAAACAUGGAACAUUCAUACGCGGUAUUUCCUUUUAGAACUUUUUUUGUGAAUCAUCUAAACCUAUCUCAGCUUCACAGAGAAAAGAACGAUUAGGGAAUAGAAGGGGAUCUGCGUUGCUUGGCCUGGCUAAUUGCACCUGACCAUGAACAAGAGACUGAACAGUGAAAAGUCCGGUAGCUUCCCGAGAUUUGGAAGACGAAGGAGCAAACGUGAAUUGGAGACCGGUAGUUUCAAAUUAAAGGGUCUGAAUCCCAAAGUAUGCGGUAAGAAUCAAAAUCCAGUUGAGUUAUUCUGGAAAUCCAAUUUGAACCAUGAUCAAAUCCUGGAAAAGGUUGUUCAAUUCAUCGAAAAGUUAGCUUCCGGUCAAGAUAAAUCGAAAGCCCCAGAAAUUCCUAAUUUCGUGGAGUCAUUUUUGAAGAUGGUGGAGUCCAGGAUUGCAACAUAUGAACAGAGCGAAGCGUCAGCAAAGCUUGGCUUCAACGAGGAGUACACCUCAUUUUUUGAGGCUGUAAGCUGCCUUUCGAAGAUCGUAAACACUCUUGAUGAAUUCCCGUUUGAUUCAGCGACAACUUCUUGUUUUAAUCGAGCGGGAUCGGUUCACCACCGUGCAAUGUUGUUAUCGGAAUAUCAGUUCCUUGCUCUUCUGGACAUUUCUAAACGCAACUGCAAUGUAACUGUAGAUUCCAAAACUCCGAAGACUCCAAAACAAUCGUUCUUCAACUCCAAUCAAGAGACGGAUCGAUGCGUUAAACCUGAAUACGACUCCGGAACAGGGAUUGUGUUUCCAUAUUUUCCACCCCAAUCAGUUGCCAAUAUGAACCAAGUAGCCUUAGCAAUGAUCUCUGCAGGGUACGAGGAAGAAUGUUUCAUUGUUUACAGUGGUCUAAGGCUGAAAGCAUUGGACUUUGAGUUCAGCAAUCAAGGGUACGAAAAUGUCAAUAUGGAGGACUUUCAAUCGAUGGAUUGGGAAUCACUGGAAGGAGAGAUCGAUAAUUGGAUUCACAUCGUCAAAUAUUGCACGACCAAUCUCUUUUCUGUGGAACGCAAGCUUUGCAAUUCAGUAUUUCCAGAACAUUCUUUAAUCGCUCAGAAACUGUUCUGCGAUUUGGCAACAUCCUUGACCAUAAGGCUUCUUAAUUUUCCAAAUGCUAUUGUUUUGAUCAAACAAUACUCUGCAGAGAAACUAUUCAAGUUUUUAGAUAUAUACGAGACAUUACGUGAUUUGACUUCAAGUCUUGGUAGUGAGUUGUCGGCGAUGGAUUUGAUAUCCGAGACAUCCGAGACACAACGCAGGGUUGGUGAAGCCGCAGUGACCAUUUUCUGUCAGCUUGAGAAUUCAAUCAAGAGUGAUAAUGGGAGAAUACCCGUGGCAAGUGGUGCGGUUCACCCCUUGACUCGCUAUACUAUGAAUUAUCUAAAAUAUGCUUGUGAGUACAAGGACACAUUAGAGCUAGUAUUUCAGCAACACUACGAGACGGAGGGAUCUACCAGGCGGAAAGUUCAGAAGCAGGAGUCUAAGAAUGCAAUUGAGGACAAUGAUCGGAUCCCCAAAACGUCCCAUUUUUCAGUAAAGUUGAUGAUGGUCAUGGACUUGUUAGAUGCCAAAAUUGAAAUGAAAUCCAAGUUCUAUAGGGACCCAGCAUUGCGUUACAUUUUCUUGAUGAAUAAUGGGAGGUAUAUUCUGCAGAAGAUCAAGGGUUCUACGGAUAUCGAUGAAAUUAUGGGUCCUUCUUGGUCGGGAAAACGAACUUCGGAUUUAAGGCAGUAUCAUAAGAACUAUCAAAGAGAGACAUGGAGAAAGGUUUUGCAGUGCCUAAACCAUGAGGGUUUGCAAACAAAUGGGAAGGUGUCAAAGGCAAUAUUGAAAGGAAGGUUCAAGAACUUCAACACCUUGUUCGAUGAAAUCCAUAAGACGCAGAGCAUUUGGAUGGUAAGUGAUGAACAGCUUAAAUCAGAGCUUAGAGUUUCAAUUUCAGCGGUAGUGAUUCCAGCGUAUAGGUCCUUUCUGGGGAGAUUCAAGCCGCAUUUUGAUAGCGGUAAAAAAGCAGAGAAAUACAUAAAGUAUCAACCAGAAGAUAUUGAGGGGUUGAUUGAUAAACUAUUUGAGGGAAAUAUGACAUCAAUGGGGAGAAGGAGACAUAACAAUUAAUUUAAGUCACUAUUUACUUAGGAAGAUGAAAUAUAUCAUGCUACCUUCCUUUAAUCCUGGUGUAUUUAAUUUAACUAUUAAAAGUACAAGGAAGCCAUAUCCUAGUGAUCUAAUUAUUAGAGUAUUUUUAUUUUAGUCAUCUAAAUUUAAAAAUUUUCGAUUUAA